GGUUUUGUGAAAUACCCCCCAGUAGAGACACGGGCUACCAGACCGUGCUAGCGAGCUAGCUAGGUCGAGUUAGCAUGCUAGCUGCAUAGCUUAGCAAGCUUAGGAUAUAGCGUUAUUAUCUUAUUGUGAUGAGGGUUGUUCCGAGAAAAGCAAUUGGGAGGACAACGUGAGUCCGAUUGGGAGCUGGCUGGCGUGAGAUUAUGCAAUGCCGUCGGCUGUUUCAGGUUCAUUACAGGAACAGUAUAGAGUUAACUCCCCUAACGGAACUGAUUUUACUAUUCACUUACAGCAGUCGUUAGCUUAGGUUUCUAUCUUUUGACUCGAAAACUUCCCGUUGUUCGACAAGCAAGAAGAACUCUUUACAUCAGAAAGGCGUUGCACAUUACUGGUUAAUGAUGAUUACGACGACGAUGAUGAUGAAGACGACGACAACCAAGAGCUUUGAGCUCUAGCCACGAGACCCCAUCAUAGGGAAGCCGAUGGAGGAGGCGCAGCGGAGUGUCCAGGAGACCCAGCCGGCGCUGCUGACCAUGGGGGGAGUGGAGCCGCACGCACUGGGAGCGCCGCCGUCCCGAACGUCCCCACGGACAGAGCUCCGCGCCCCCACCGCCACUGUGGCGUCGUCGUCGUCGUCGUCGUCCCCUCGUGCCCUCGGGGAGAGCGGCUGGGUGGGACUCGGAGGAGGAGGAGAGUCACUCUCCUCGGACUGUGGGGGGGCAUCAGACCUGCAGGACCUGGGUUCGGAGGAGGAGGGCAGCGAGAUGGAGGGCAGCGAAGGCACGGAGGUGUCGCCCCCGGGCAGCGGCAGUGGCAGCAGAGGUGCCUGGGAUGCCAGCUUUCAGAACGGGCACAGGGGUGACGAGGGCAAGCAGGAGGAGAAUAAUAAUAAUAGCAACAGCAACAGCAGCAGUGCCCAUGCCAGCCCGGUACCCGCCAGCACCACCCCCAACUUUACAGACAUGUCUCAGACGCCGUCCCUGUCGUUGACGGAGCAGCUCCGACUGGGUCGGGAUGACCCAUCUGGGAUGGGCGUCAGUGUGGAGUGUCGGAUCUGCGGGGACAAGGCCUCCGGAUUCCACUACGGUGUGCACGCCUGCGAGGGCUGCAAGGGUUUCUUCCGGCGCACCAUUCGUAUGAAGCUGGAGUAUGAUCGCUGUGAGCGCGCCUGCAAGAUUCAGAAGAAGAGCCGAAACAAGUGCCAGUACUGCCGCUUCCAGAAGUGCCUCGCACUCGGCAUGUCCCACGACGCGAUCCGGUACGGGCGGAUGCCAGAGGCGGAGAAGAAGAAGCUGGUGGCCGGGCUGCUGGCGGGAGAGCAGAGCGUCCAGAAUCCUGGCGGCUCCGACCUCAAGACCCUGGCCAAGCACGUCAACACUGCCUACCUGAAGAACCUCAACAUGACCAAGAAGAAGGCCCGCAGCAUCCUCACUGGCAAGACCAGCUGCACCUCGCCGUUUGUGAUCCACGACAUGGACACGUUGUGGCAGGCUGAGAACGGCCUGGUGUGGAACCAGCUCAAUGGUGCCCCGCCCAACAAGGAAAUCGGCGUCCACGUCUUCUACCGCUGUCAGUGCACCACCGUCGAGACCGUCAGGGAGCUCACAGAGUUUGCCAAAAACAUCCCAGGCUUCGUGGACCUCUUCCUCAACGACCAGGUGACUCUUCUGAAGUACGGUGUUCACGAGGCCAUUUUCGCCAUGCUGCCGUCGCUCAUGAACAAAGACGGCCUGCUGGUGGCCAACGGGAAGGGUUUUGUGACGCGCGAGUUUCUCCGCAGCCUCCGCAAACCCUUUAGCGAAAUCAUGGAGCCCAAGUUCGAGUUUGCAGUCAAGUUCAACGCCCUGGAGCUAGACGACAGUGACCUCGCUCUGUUUGUGGCAGCCAUUAUUCUGUGUGGAGACCGUCCAGGCUUGAUAAACGUGAAACAGGUGGAGCAGAUCCAAGAUGGCAUCCUGCAGGCCUUGAACCAGCACCUACAGCUACACCACCUGGAUUCCCCUCACCUCUUCCCCAAGCUGUUGCAGAAGAUGGCCGACCUGCGGCAGCUAGUCACAGAGAACGCCCAGCUUGUGCAGAUGAUCAAAAAGACGGAGUCAGAAACGUCGCUCCACCCGCUCCUGCAGGAGAUCUACAAGGACAUGUACUGAAGCAGACGCAAUGUCGCUGCACUUGCUCCUGCAGGAGAUCUUCGAGGCCAUGUACUGAAGCUGAGCUCCAUGUGGACUGACAGGGACAGGUCCUGAGGGACUGUCUGACCCUCAGACAUGGGAGUUCAGUCUUAAGAAUUGGGAACUUUUUUUUUUUUUUUUUUUAAGAUCAUGAAUAUUGAAUUUUUCAGACAAUGUCACAAUUUUGUUCUUGCAAAUGGAAUGGCAUUUAUUCCACAGCCAUUUCUACCUGAAACAGGUUUCACGGUUACAGCCCUUACGUCCCUCCUGUUUAUCAGCUUGAAGAUACAAGUGUUUUUUUUGUGUGUUUGUGUGUGUGUGUAUGUGAGCAAGAGAGGAGGGAAUGUUCAUGGUCAUAUAUAUAUUUUUUAUGUUGAUAAUGUUUUUAAAAUGUUAAUCAUGUUUUCCAUUAUGGCUAUAAGCUUAGAGAAGAAACUAGUUGAGUUGCUACUAGGUGACCGCGGUUAAUCUAUACUAAAGAUCAGGGAGUGGAGUGGCACAGGACUGCCUGUAGUCCUCCAAGGUUUUCUCCUAUCACUUUCUUUAACUUUCUCAGAGUUUUAAUACCGUAAAAGCACACAAACUUUUAAGUGAUAGACAACAGAAAGAUGUGAAAGGUGUGUUUCUGUUAAAGUAACAUAGCUUGUUUAAUAUUGCCCUUACUAAAAAAAAAAAAAAAAAAAGACGGCAAGAAACCAGCUUAUGCUGGUAGCUGAUUUUAGCUGGUCUUUGCUGGUUUUCUAUCAGCUAUUGCUGGUCUUUGCUGGUGUAGCUGGUUAGGCCACCAGGUGGACAUGUUGGCGUGACCAUCUGAGGAAGCUGGUCAUGCUGGUGUGACCAGCCUGUCGUGUGGGAUACAGCUGGUGUAAGAUGGUCAUGUUGGUGACCAGGCUGCCAAGCUUGACAUUGUUGAUGCAAGAUGGUCAUGCCGAUUUGCUAGAAUGACCAACACAAGCUGUCAUGGCCAGUAAAAACCAGCAAUGUACUGUAGAUCAGCAACACCAACUAAAAUGAUCAGCUUGAGGUGGUAAGACAAGCAAAACCAGCUGAAUUACCACCGUAAGAUGGGUAAACCAGCUGAAGGUAUGUUUUCGCAAGAGUUUUGCUGGUCUAGCUGGUCAACCAUCAUAGGGUGGUCAAACAAGCUGGUCAACCAGCAAACCACCUUUAGCUGGUCAGGCUGUUUUUUUCAGCAGGGACAGAUCAUUGUGGUGAUGUCAUUCACGAUAACGCACACCCCCUCACUUGUUUAUUUGCUUUUGUACUAGUGUAACAGUUGCGGGAAAAAAAAAAAACAGUUAUAAAAAGAAGCCCAAAAUAUUAUUUCAAUAUUGUUGGAUCUUAACAUUGGCUUUUUCCUCAACAAAACAGCAGAGUAAAUAAUACAAUUCUGGAAAUUGUUAUACCACCAGUGGCUUUUUGCUACCCAACAACGGUGUGUUAACUUGACAGUGGAAUGGUACAAACGUCAACUUUAGGUGCAUUUCAACCAAUCCAAUUGUGUGACUGGACCUUACUGUUGUGUAUGGACAUAUAUUUAAAACGUGUUUUAGUCCUAAGCAUGUUUACAAGCAGGAAACUGAAGGGAAGGAAGGGGAUGUGGAGGAGGAGGAGGAGGAGGAAGACGCAAAGGAGCAUCUACUGUGGAUCAAGUAAAUCCAGGAGGCAGCAUGCUGCUGGAGUCCUGGAUGGGGAACAAUGGGGACUGACGGAAAAGCAAUUGGAUUCAGCUCUCGUUGUCAUGCUGCACAAUAUGUAAAACACACAAAUGUGUUUUAUCACCGUGAUCUAUGCAGAGUUACAACUGACUUACACUUUUUACAUUUUCUCAUUAAAAAAAGAAAAUAUAUGAUCUACAUGUUUUGAUUUGUGUGGUUUUCACUAAAGUAUAGUGUGUGGUCCCAUUGUGUCAGCUCAAAGUCAUUGCUAUCAGCUUUUUUUGAUAUUGGUUUCAAAAGUGAGUAGAAUUUUUUAUAGUUUUUUUUAUAUCGUCCUCUGUUUGUGCAAUGUCAGCUGAUAGCUGAUAGCAUUGACUUUGAGCCGACACAAUAGAAAAAAGGGUUACCCAUACAAUUAGUGGAGCAAGUUUAAUGCGUAGUACUGUAGUACUCAUAUUUAGCUUGUUAGGACCACUGUUACCAUGUUUGGGGUUUCUUAUCUUGUCUCACUGACAAAGACAUUGAACUUUAAUCUUUUGUUGUGCCGAGCCAUUAGAAAUGGGAUGAUGAUGUCUUUGAACAAUUAUCGAUUAUUAAUCAUGCAUAUUUUUUAAAUAAAUAAUAAUGACCAGAGACUGUAACGAAAUAGUACUAUUUUUCACAUUGGAUACAAUAAUGAUUGUUAUGAAGAUAAACUUCAAAUACAGUGGGGUGAACAUGUAUUUGAUACCAUGCUAAAGUUGAAA